AUGGCCACUGGCCACUCCUCCGAAGGAGUGUGCCAGUGCGACUUGUGCCUGACCCUUAGCAGGGUCAGGGACCUGUGCCGAGGGUCUAGCUCCUACUUUUUCUGGAGCCGGGCCCUCGAGCGUGUGAGAUUGCUGCAGGGGGAGAUCCUGGACCUUCGGGAUCGGGAUCACUGGGAGCAUCUCCAGCGGGAGCUCGAGCUCCUGAGGGAGGACCGGGGGACCUGGCAGUCCCCCCGGCCUCCGACACAGGGGUCUGUGGGGGUCAAGGAGGAGCCCGCCGCGAGCGAGGAGGAAGAGGAGCGUCCAAGGGAAGCCAGGCAUCAGACCCCCACCUCUCCGGUGUCAUCAAGCAAGGAGGAUAAAGCGAGGAGGCAUAGGAGCACUUCGAGUGAAGGGCACAUCAGGCGGCUUAUUGCAAAGAGCAAGGAGGCCACUGAGGAACGGGCUGAAGGUGAAGAGAGAAGAGAGGAAGCAUCACACAGCAGGGAGAAGGAGGAGAUCAAGAGGGACCUCAGCCGGUGGGCGGAAGACGAGGAGCUGCUAAGGCUAAAGCAGCUGCGAAGGGGAGAGCCAGAGCCCUUGCCCGGCUGCCGGAGACCAGCUGGGGAGGAAGAGAGAGAGGACCCUGCCGUGUUGAGGAGGCCGGCUGGUAGAGAGGUGGCUCCAGUUGAAGAGAGGUUUGAGAGAGGGGAGAGUGUGAACGUUGUGGAGUUGCCAAGACAUUUGAUUAGGCCAGGCCAGAGCUUGAUCGUGGUUGAAGGCAACUACUGGGAAGCCCCCGUGACGCUAUGUGGAACAGUGGAGAGAGUAGAAGAGGACGGAGCAGGGGUCGUCGUGGAGGUUCGGCUGUUGGGCACGGAGAACGAGGACCUCCUGAAGUGGUCGACAGGGAACCCAGCGAGCCGAUGCAAGCUACACAUGUGCGGGGACGGUUGCGUGGCAGGCCUAUGCGAGGACGGGUUGGUCCACGUGAAGAAAGUCAGGCUUCGCCUCCCAGGCGCAGGGGAGGCGUGGCUGGACAAUCUGGUGGGGCAUGUGCCGAUUCAGGUGGACGACAUGGCUGCCUUGAGGAGAGAGGGGCAACGAGCUGGACAAGGAGGAUUUGAAGGCUGGAAGAAAGAGCAGGAGGGUAAAGGAAAAGGAGACAGGAGGUAUGGAGAAGAAGAGGGCGAGAAGCGAGAGCUGAGCGCCGUGUUUGGAAACACCGGGAUGGACCCGGACGUCAAGGUGAGGAGACAGGUGGUGAGGAAGGUAAAGAAAAGCCUGAGGCUGUUGCAGAGACAGAUGGACACCUCCGAUCGGGACUCUUCGGGAGAGGAGUCGACAGAGGAGGAGGACGCGGGGGUGUUCGAGGAGGCGCAGAGGAUCAGGAGAGUUGGAGUAAGAGGCCCAGGAGUUUUGGCGGCGGCGUCCAUCAACGAGAUGAAGAAGUCGUUGGUCGCGGCUUCAGGGCAGCUGUGGGGCCAAAACAGAGAUUUGGCGCCGGUGGGAGUGCACUAUUUCAGGACGGUGCUUCAGCUGAAACUCCAUGGCGCGAUGGCCCGAGAGGCGUUCACCCUGGCCUAUGGUGCGGACCUGGCCCAAGGGAGGGUCGCCGAGGCGAUCGACCUGUUGCUGCAGCGCCUGAAAUCGUUGGAGCAGGUCUCUCAGGGGAUGCCGUGGCAGACUGCUCAGAAGAUGGAGCUGUGCCCCUUGGAGACAGCUCAGACGGCGGUGGCGCUGAUCCGCGCGGCCGAAGACGGCAGCCUGGACAAAGCGCUGCGCGAGACCUUGGGCGGCAGCAAGGACACGGAGCUCGAGGAUUUGCGCGAGCAGGCCCGAUCCACCCUUCUGCAGGGCGCCAAAGACGGGUCACUGCAGGCAGCUCUCAAGAGCACCCGGGAGGACGGCAAGGUGGAAGAACUCCGGAUUCAGGCACGGGAUGCUCUGCUGCGUGCCUCCAUGAGUGGAGCCUUGGAGAAAGCCCUGGGCCAAGGGAAGACGCCGAAGGCCGCCAAGGCGACUCCCGCGUUCCAGAUGGAGAAGCCGGCGUUCAAGUUCACCCCGUCUGUAGGGUCGUGGCUCCAGAGGAAGCCCCCGCAGGUAGAGAAGCCGUGGUACUACACCGCCGUGCCCGUGCAGGCAGAGGACGUCAAGGUGGUCAAGGAUUUGCAGGCGGUCAUUGCCGAGAAGGACCAUGAGAUCGAAGCGUUGAAGGCCAAGAUUGCGGCGGGCGGGCUGAACCUCGGAUCUGCGCCGGCGUUGCCGCCGCCGGCAGCCAAGGCGCAAGCGGAGGCAUCGGCCCCAAUGAAGUCGGCCCCUGCCCCUGCCAAGAACAAGGAGACGUCGCUGGCGAACUUCAGGCAGUACUACGUGGACCAAGUCCUGUGCACCUCCGCGCUGAGCUCGCUGGAGAAGCUCUACUCCAAGUUCCCGGCUCAGCCCAAGCCAAAACCUGCGCCGAAGCCGGCAGCUUCGCCCGUGGCGUCGGCGCCCAGGUUCGCUCUGAAGCCCUCUGUGGGCACGUGGCUCGCACCGGCCCCGAAGAAGCCUUCCGCCGCGGCGGCCCCACCGGCAGCUUCAGCGUCGGCAGCUUCGGCUACGCCUUUCAUCCUGAAGCCAUCAGUUGGAACCUGGUACAUGAUCAAGCCAUUUGAGGAACGCCCGAAGUCUGUGGACAUUUUGGAGAGGACCCACAGCAAGCUGCUGACCAUGGACAAGGAGGAAUUGAUCACGGGCUUUGAGAAGGCGAUCAAGAAGAGGGAUCAGGAGAUCAACAAUCUGAAGUCUACGCUGAAGGCGUAAGGC